GUCCCUCCCUCCCUCCCUGUGCGCAAAGCAGCCCCCCACACGCCUCACUCCGUCUCGCCGAGGGUGCUCCGCCUCUCUCUUCGGGCGCCGUCGCGAGCGAUUCCGUCCUGGAGGCGCAGCGCCGCAAAUACGCCGGCCGGGAGGACCGACUUGGAGCGCUCGCUCGGCUGCGGAGAGGAUCUAUCGCUGGGGCGCAUGUACGGCCGGCCGGCUGCCCAUCGGCGACGGCGGAGCAGCAUCCUGACACCCGCGCGUCGAUUGCCCCUGCUGGCCACUAGCCCUUGUAUUUGUAUGGCCCUUCUUGGUGCUGCCCUGUCACCACGCUUCAAAGAUUACAGUCUGCACCCGCUUCCUUCUCUUGCGGUGCUUGGUUAUCCGGAAGCUCAGUGAACCAGGCUGGCUGUUGCAAUGCAACGUCUUGCAGAGGAAAUUUGCAGACUCAACCUAUGGGACAAGGGUCAGGUGUUUGCUGCCACCGAGAACCUCCAAAGUUCCAUUGAGCAGACCCCCUACUCGAUCCAGGCAGACACCAUCGUCUGCUGUUUCUCCGUCAGCAGGUGCCACUCCCAAAGCACCAGCCAUGACGGCUAUGCAUCUAGUGACGGCGGCGGCGACACUACAACUCCAACCAGCAGCAACGUGCGGCAGCUUCACUAUCCGUCACAUGCCCACAUGGACCCUGGCCGUGCCCGACUCAUCUUGCCGGGCUCUUUGGACCAGCUAGAGGGCAUCAUCCGCAAUUGUCAAGUGGCUUUUGGAUCUGGUUACAAACAAGUGCUACUCCAAGCAUUCUCGGCCAACUCACAUACAUUGAGCAGAUUUUUCCAUGAAUCAGAUGUCCUAGAGAUUCUUCGUAUAAGCACAAGGACCUUCAAGGAUCCUUCUGAGUGCACAAAAGAAUUGAUCAUCAUGUUGAAAACCAACACCCAAGUCCUCUGUUUGAUGCAACAGCAGUUAUGUGAGCAGAGUCGGCCAUUUGAGGAAUUAAAAUUAGGCUACUUCAACCAGUUUGCAAAGUGCCACAUCAAGAAACUCUUGGACAUUGCCGUUUGUCUUAGCAAGACAGUGUGGUCUGCCACUCAUAUUUCUCCCAUGCUGCUUGCCUAUGAGGCACUUUUGGAUGUCCUUCCUCUUAUUCAAAAGUUUGCUUCCAGUGAAUCUGAUGACUUCUUUCCCAAUAUUUUACGCAACAUGAGGGAAGCUUUCAGGAGGUUAAUUGACCAUAUCAAGCACCACAUGCAGUCCAAUAUGGAAAAUCAUCAGGAUAACGAUGCCAUUCAUCCGAUGACAUGUUUCCUCAUACGCUCAAUGAAAUCCCUUGGCAGUCACAGAAAUUUAGUGCAAUCCACUCUUGCCCCAGGUGACAACUCCAGCUCAUUUGGCCAUCUUCUGUAUGACGUGAUUACUUGCUGGAAAUCUGUGCUCACUGAACGUUCAAACAUAUACCAUGCGGAUCUGCAGCGGCAAUGCAUUUUCUUAUUGAACAACACAGGGCAUUUCAAUACAAAGACAGAUGGUCUGUUGGAUGAGCUGCUAUCUGAUAGGCAGAUUAUUAAGCAGCAUGAUGACGAAUUCAAGUUACUCUUCAAGAAGUGGAUUGAGAGUUACACAGAAGAGGCUUGCACUCCAGCCAAGUCUUGCUUGAAUCGCAACUGUCGGAGGGGCAGUCAACGCCGAUCCUUGGUUGCAUUUGCUUCAAAGUUCAACAAGACUUUUGAUCGUCAGAAAACUUGGAAGGUUCCUGAUGUGGUGCUACGGCAGGUACUGAGAGAUCGUAUACAGGAUUGCAUUCUGCCAGACUACACGAGGUGUUUCGAGAACUAUUCGAGUUCAGGACUGUUUUCUUCAUGUCUGCAGAUAGCUUCAGCGGGAGACAUAUAUACCACUGAGAGUUUAGAAAAGACGGUGCAGAGCUUCUUUGAAGGAUAAGAAACGAUGAUGGAGGUCCCUUUCUCUCUGUCGUUCUAGCAACUGUGAAAAUUUGUAAUUAUAUAGCUAAGAUUACCAGAAGAACAGUACAUAUUUUUUUAGAGGAAAAGGGCACACGCCCCAGCUCCAUUGCAUCGAAACAACGAAGCCCAGUA